AGGAAAAUUAUAGAAGAACUAGAUAAACUUGAGGAACGUGCUUCGAAUCUUUAUGGAGACCUCGAUAACUUGCUUAGAAAAAUUCACAGAACUGUCCAUAUGAGAAUCGCCCUUCCCGUUAGCAUCAUUUUUUCAUUAUUCGAAAAAUUGUCGGACUUGUGGGUCAAUAUGCAAAAUCAGGUAAUACUAAUGUCUAAACUGCACGACAUUAUGAUCAGCUUGGAGGUGUACACCAGAAAUCUGGACUACAACAAAGAAUGGCUGGAUAACCAGCCGGCUGUCACAGAUGCCGAAAGACUAGAAAAAACCGCCAAUUGUUCUCUCAAGUCCACCAAUGAACAAGUACAAGUUUUUCGCAUCGAGAACUUCCAAAACAUCGACAAGGUUCGAUUGCAGUUUCUAGGCUCCUGCUGCUGGAAAUUUGUCGAAACUGACGAGGGUCUGAUUCCUGGAAACCCAAGUAUGGGCAUCGUGAAAUAUAAAAACUUGAAUUAUGUUUUUUCCACUCCAGAAGCAUGUGAGAGUUUCUCGAAGAAUCCUGAUCGCUUGGAGGUGUACACCAGAAAUCUGGACUACAACAAAGAAUGGCUGGAUAACCAGCCGGCUGUCACAGAUGCCGAAAGACUAGAAAAAACCGCCAAUUGUUCUCUCAAGUCCACCAAUGAACAAGUACAAGUUUUUCGCAUCGAGAACUUCCAAAACAUCGACAAGGUUCGAUUGCAGUUUCUAGGCUUCUGCUGCUGGAAAUUUGUCGAAACUGACGGGGGUCUGAUUCCUAGAAACCCAAGUAUGGGCAUCGUGAAAUAUAAAAACUUGAGUUAUGUUUUUUCCACUCCAGAAGCAUGUGAGAGUUUCUCGAAGAAUCCUGAUCGGUACAUAAGACACGUCUUGGAUUUGGGAAGAAGAAAACCUCAAUUAAUAAACUUUCUGCAGCUGAAAGACCAGUUAGAGAAAGUAAUGAACAUCAACCAGUUAGUGAAACAGAAGAAGCUUGCCAAAGGAACAGAAAAUAAAGGAACGAUCUUGGAGAAUAUUUUUCCUGUCAAUAUUGAUCCAAAAUACAAAUGGAACAGGUGGGACUACAAAAGAGAAGCUUUAAUGUCGACCCAGACUAUGAAGUCCGACUGCAGAAACACAAUGGCGAUUCAAACCUAUCCAAAACAGACAACAUCCACGCAAACCAAACGGGAUUGUUACACAAACAUCCCCAAGCCUUCUACUUUCAUAUUCGGGCUAAGGGGGAGGAAAGACGACAAACAGUUUCUACUCGACCUCACUCAAGAUAUCUCCAAAUGAUUGUACGAAUCCAACGCCUCAUUGGAAUUGCUCAGGGGCAUGGAUAUGUCG